UCGAUGCCAAGGCCCCGGCACUCACGCAGCAGCUCAAUGAAGUCGCAGGAGGAGCCACCACGGCCGCUAUGAGACUGCUGCCGCUGACGGACCGGGAUCAGGCCGAAGCGCUGGGCUCGUCGAGGACGGCUCCCGCCACCACGCUGGUCCUGCUGGCCGCGCUGCUCGCUGCGCCGCCCGCGCUGAGCAGUGGGGCCCGCGUCGAGAGACUCUUCUACCAGAGCGGGAACUCGGAGUCUGAGCUUCCCGAGUGCGGUCCACGUGCCGUGUGCAACCGCGUGGACACUUACGGCACCCCGUGGGUGGAGCGCCAGUGCCGCUGCCCGGGAGGCCAGAGCUGCCCGCGCAGCCUCGACGCCCACGACGGCCACACGGUGCGCGACAAGUGGCGCCUGCUCAAACUGUGCGAGCCCGUGGACGACCUGCCCCGCUGCCGGUACUUCAGGGACGCCGCCUGGACCGUGCAGGCAUCUCCGUCAAACGGCACAAUGCAGCAGACGGUGCAUUGUCUGUGCCCACGUGGCUCGGUGGCCUACAUCUUCAAGCACCGGCAGCCGCAGUUGAAAGGCUCCAAUCCGCAGGCUGCACCAUCCGUCCUACGCUACGCCUUCGCCUGCUCGCCACUCAGCAGGCUUCGUUGUCAACGGAAGGAGCCCUGCCGCCUGUUCACGGUGCGCAAGAGGCCCGACGUGGAAGAGGUCAACGCCAGCACGCUCUGCCAAUGUCCCCGGGGAUGGCACUGCCCUGGCAAGCACACCGAGGCCGUGCCAGGACCACGCUACGACCGGGUCCGGACGUACUCGGCAUACUGCACGGCGCCAGACCACUGAUAGCGAUGUAGCGGGGCGUGAGACCCCGGCGCCCCCCGCCACAUGUCACAGAGAAAAAAAAAAGACACUUUUGUUUGCCUGUGCAUCGAGCAAUCACGACGGUCCACCGUUGCCAUCUGAUGAAAGACUUCUACCGUGGAUUUGCCGCGGGCGGCGCCGUUCGUGGCCGCCGGCUUUAGCUCCAGGCAUCGCGCUUAGCAAUGGACCCAAGUCUUCUCAACCGUUUCUCGUCACGGCUGAUACAAACGGACGACGCGACACGAUUCAUCAGCAGCAACACCGACCGCGCUCCGAUCCAGUACCUCACGCCUAAAUAUCAAACGCUCACCGAUGGAACAAAAUGAACGGGAUAAAGAAUGGGCGAGAAAAAAAAUCCCUUGCAGGUCAGGAUUCGUCAUUGAAAAUGCCCCGAAAUUGGGCGCUUGGAAAGCUUACGCGGGUCAGUCAAAGAGGAAAACGCCGGAUUCCACGACGGACCAUGAAGGCAAACGAAGUAUGUUGACUCGCCAAUGUAAUGAAGGGUGACGUGCAAACGUAAUUGCUGAACCGGUGACAAAUCACGUGGAAAACAAGGAAGAAAGCUGCGUCGACUAUGCAACGAUGACUAACGCCUUGAGCCAGCAGCAGCCCAGAGGAAGUCAGUGUUCUUCAUUUCUCGCACGAAGCAGAAAGGAAGGGGGCCUCUCUGCCCCGAGGCUUCUUCCCCUGCGCCAAAGCAAGUUGCAAGCCUCCGUCUGGUAGCAAUUCGUGUCCGGAGAAGGCAAGCGUAAAUUAGCGGGAGAGAAGAGCGCAGCACGCUGCGCUUGGCUGCUGCAGGGAGGGCCGGCCAAGAAAGCUAGGAAGGGGGGCCUCCGAAGUCAUUCGUCGCGGUGGAUCGCCUGGCACAUCCCAUCGGCGCCACAUUGACUCAAAUUGGCCGACGGCGUGGGCGUGGUCACAUCCGAGAAAACAGCGUGGACCCGUGCCUGCCAACGCGGAAGUCUCCCCGAAGCAGGACAAGGCAGCCUUCCAGCUGAGCAACAUUGGCAGUUGGUAUAACGCGCAAGAAGAUGCCGGAUUCCACAGGAAACACACGGACUGAGAUGCCCGCACCUCGGCAUAGCAAGGACGGAGGAAAGAACAGUCACUUUCGUCUGUGAACGUAUCGAAAUUCUCUGCCUCUCUCAAGGAACGUUCUGAGGACGUUAUGGGGUCUGCGACCGCCAAGAAAAGGACCGCGGAAGUUUGCAUACGGGCUUUGCAUACGGGCCGAGCAGAAGAGCAGCCGAAUGCCGGCGACAGUUUCGGACGAAGCAGGGUGUUAUUCGCAGUGAGGACUCAAUGACGACCUGAACUGUGCGGCGACAACGACGACCACGCAAUGCAACGUCGCCUGACCGAGGGAGCUGCCGACCGACACUCAGGUUGCGCAACAGACAUCCAGUUGCGCUGAAUAGACGUGGAAGCGCGCACGAAAGAGGCUCCGCCCUCCUCGAAGCGCUCAAGGAAAAGGCCACCGGCGCGACUCUGAGGCCAACUGGUGCUGCGUGCAAAAAGCCUGAACAGAGUGUGCAGAGAAAGGAGGACAGUUCACAAAAAAAAAAAGUUCGCGAACGAACUCACGUUGAAUUCACAAAACGGGCAUGAAUCCACGCACUCGGCCGAUGUGCACGUACGUGCCGGAGUUGAAGCGGGACUGUCUGACGCUUGUAUGGACGACAGAAGGGUAAUUUCGCGGUUGUGUGAUGUGCAUGUGUGUGUGUGUGUGUGAACGUGUGCGCGUAUUGCAAAAAUGAGGACCGAGCUCGGCCACUAGAUGACACGUCGACAUCAUCUACAUGCGAGGACGUUGUUCCUGUGGGACCUACGCCACCUCAGCCACAGGGGCCGGCAUCAAACUUGUUUUUCUCGCAAUUUUUUCUGUAGAUAGGUUUUCCUUCUCAACAGAGGCGGAAAGAAAAUGAGUGUUGCCGUUUCUUACUUGUACAGAUGUAAAUAAGCCAGAAGGUUGUUAUCAAUAAAUAUAAUUAAUGAAAUCAUUACGAAA